AUGAAGGUGUUCUCUGUGCCAGCCCUUGCAGCUAUGCUUCUUCUUCCAAGCUUUUCCGUUUCGGUGAUCGUCCAUUGGAAGGUGCAAGCUGCAAAUUGCGCACCGUUUGUGACAGCUUCGAGCAAGGAGGAUGCUGCGAAGAGGUUUGCCUACAAGUGCUACGCCAUAUUUGGUGCUUCCCAUUGGGCCAACAGCAUUGUGUGAGUCGAGACUUUAGCGACAGGCGCACGGCGCCAUCACACCGUCAACGCUCGAGCAACCAGACCUUUUUGCUAACUCCAUCCACGCUCCCAACAGCGAUGGGGAAGCCAAUGGGCUUUGCACGUAUGUCGAGAAUCCACUACUAAUGUCACCUAGAGUGAAUGGUGGAUGACGAACACCCUUCCCAUUCCCGCUCUCAGUGUAACUGAUCCGAAGACGGGAAGUCCCGCAGAAGCCGCAAAGCUCAUCUUCGACGCCUUUUGCUGGUCGUAUGAGAAUUAG